CAUUAAUGCGUGUGUGGGGUAUUGUGCUUUUCACCCGCCCACGACGUGAGCAGAUCAAGCCAGCCUGAGGAUCAGGAUCUGAGGCCACCCCAGACAGGAAGCGGAGAUAUCCCCGAUGCUACCACCCAGUUCCAGCCGCCCAGCGGACCUCGCCGCCUGGAAGUCCUGCAGCUGUCACGUCCUCAGCUCCUACCUUGAGACACACUGCCUAAAUCUGCCAAAACUACAGUUCUAUGGGUCAAGCCUCUUCUGUCAGUCCCUCUCAACCCCUCUUCAACCACUGAUUACCACACUUGACAUAUACUUACUAUUAUUAUACAAUCCACCAGUACUAUUACUCCACAAGUGCUUAAACAUUCCAUAGGUAUUGAGGGCCUCAUCCCCCACACCAAAACUAUUGCUCCUAGCCCCCCAAAAAUGUGGGCUCACAUUAAAAAAAGAAAAGUUGAUUCUGAAUGCCGCGUUUUCAACAAGACAUGGACUGCUAAAUAUUUACUUACAGAAGUCAAAGGUAAAGCCGUGUGCUUAGUUUGUGGUACACAAAUCGCUGUGUUUAAGGAUUACAAUCUGAAUCGCCACUACAUGACCAAACACGAGGAUAAAUAUAAGAAAUUAUCUGACCAAGAGCGCGCAAAGGAGUCGGAGGUUUUGCCAUCCAAGCUGCAAACUCAACGAACGCUUUUUACAAAACUUAGCAAUCCAGAGAUACAGCUGCCAAGACAAGUUAUGUCAUAUCUCAUAAAAUAGCUAGAAAAAGUAAACAGUUUUCUGAUGGAGAGUUUAUUAAGGAGUGUUUGGUGGACUCUGCUGCGCUAAUAUGCCCAGAGAAAAAGAGUGCAUUUGAGAACAUCCCCCUCUCCCGGCGCACUGUAACGAGAAAGGUUGAGGACAUUGCGGGAAAUCUGGAGUUUCAGCUGAAGAACAGAGCGGUUAACCUUGACUGUUUUACCCUGGCUCUGGACGAGAGCUGCGAUGUACGUGACACUGCCCAGCUACUCAUCUUCUUACUUGGGAUCACUGCAGACUUCAAAAUAAUGGAGGAGCUGGCAGCCAUGCAGUCAAUGAAAGGGACAACAACAGGGAGUGAUUUCUUAACGGAGGUAAAUGCAUGUUUGGACAAGUUGGGACUGAAAUGGGACAAACUUGUAGGUGUGACAACAGAUGGUUGUCCAAAUCUGACGGGGAAAAAUGUUGGACUUUUGAAGAGAAUGCAUGAUAAAGUGACAGAAAUGAACCUUGAGCAGAAAUUAACAUUUUUGCAUUGUAUUAUACAUCAGGAAGUGUUGUGUAAGUCAGUAUUAAAAAUGAACCAUGUUGUUGACGUUGUAACUAAAACAGUUAACUUCAUCAGAGCAAGAACACUGAAUCACAGACAGUUUGUUGCACUUUUGGAGGAAAAUGAGACUGAACAUUGUGACAUCAGCUACCACACAGCUGCCAGGUGGCUCAGCCUGGGAAAAGUGCUGAAAGUUUUCUGGGACCUGAGAGAGGAGAUCUUGGAGUUCUGUGUGAAGAAGGGAAAUGACAUCCCUCAGCUUUCAGAUGCAGACUGGCUGGUAGACCUUGGUUUUGCUGUAGAUGUGACUGCUCAGAUGAAUGAAGUGAAUGUCAAACUGCAAUGCAAGGGCCUUUUUGUGCAUGAAAUGUACAGCUCAGUGAAGGCUUUCAUGAGAAAGUUGCAGCUUCUCUCAAGCCAAAUGGGGGACAAUAUUCUCACUCACAUGCCAACACUAAAGGAAGCCACACCAUCAGCUGAUCACCUCCACAGGUACUCAUCCAUGUUAGAAGCACUGCAUGGUGAGUUUUCAAGGCGAUUUCAAGACUUCAAAACAGUUGAGAGUGAAAUGAACCUGGUUUCUUCUCCCUUCACCUGCAGUGUGGAUAAUGCACCCAGUGAUGUUCAUAUGGAACUCAUUGACUUGCAGUCUGAGACACUUCUGGCAGUGCACUUUAGGUCAGUCCCACUGCUUGAGUUUUACUCUUCACUCAAAGAGGAGAACUUUCCACACAUGAGGAGACAUGCUCUGAGGAUUCUAGUCCUCUUUGGAUCUACCUACAUAUGUGAACAGACAUUCUCAGUGAUGAAGUUCAACAAAUCCAGACACAGAUCCUCUAUCACUGAUGAUCAUCUCUCUCUCAGCUGUCCUUCGCAUAGCCACCUCAGACAUUCAGCCAGGUUUCAGUGCACUUGUUCAAGCCCAAGACAGACUGGAUUUUUCUCACUAAACAAGUAACCAAACUGAUAACAUCAAAAGCAUUUAUUGCUUUUUGUCUAAAGUUGAUCAGUUGCUUAUCUUUAACAUAUCGCAAAACA